AUGUUUGAAGUUUUAAAUGUACCAAAUUGUGAUGAACCUGUACAAAAAGAUUCCGAUCCAGAGGAUACAAUCAUUGACCAUCUCCAAGAAUUAGAAUGGGAUGGCUUAGAAAAUUUGGCUGAUCCAACUAUCCAACAAGAUAAUGCCCGACCACAUGUUGCAAGAGUCACAAUAGACUUCUUUCAACAUAAUGAUGUCACAUUGUUACCCUGGCCACCAAGAUCUCCCGACUUAUCCCCAAUUGAGCACGUGUGGGAUGUGAUGGGUAGGCGAUUGCUCAAUUUGCAACGUCCUCCUCAGACUCUAGAAGCACUUCGAGAGGAGUUGGUGGUUGCCUGGAAUGAGAUACCACAGGAGGACAUUGACCACCUGAUCAGAAGCAUGCCUAGGCGCGUUGGAGAAUGCGUAGCACAUCAGGGUGCAUCCUCACAUUAUUAA